AUGAUCACCAAAAUCUUGAACGGGUGGCGUGUCUCCUUCUUCUUCAACCUGACGACCUUCAUCGUGCAGCAGCUGGGGCUGUACUACAUCCUCUUUGAGUACAACAAACUCAUCCUCCUCCUCUGCACAUUCGACAUAUACAUUUUCAUCCACUUCUGCUUCAACAACUCCCAAUCCUUUGCGGCUGUCAAGGGAGGCAACUGCUGGAUCCUGUAUGUGUACUCCAUCUCCUUCAAAGUUAUUUUUAUGUACUUUUUUGCCUUCAACGAAAAUGCCUACUCAGAAGAAACAAACACAGAUUAUUAUAACAAGUGUGUUAUCUUUGCUCUCCUCAGUUUGAGCACUCUCAUAUACACGGCUCUGUCUGUGAAGUCAUACAAGCAGCUGUACCCAGAUGAAAUGACCAUAACGAAUGAACAUAUUUUCCACAACAAUUUAAUGCUUCACGUCGUCAUAGACCUCUUUGACAUUUUCGAGUUGCUGUUCACUCUGGUCAAGCUCUCGUACAUUGUUAAAAACACCAAUUUUUGGAUCAAAAUAAUUGGAGGAGUCUUAAUUUCCUUUUCUCUCUACCUAAAUGCCUACUCCUUCCCGAUUAUCUCCCUCGUGACAGAAAAGAACAGAAAAAAUUUGGAUCUUGGGGAUAUUUAUUUCUGCAAAAAGCAUGCUGCUGUGGUUGGCAUAAUCCUGGUGGACAUACCUUUCAUGAUUUUACGCUUUUACUUCCUGGCCUCCUACGUUUCAAACGUACAUUUCCAACCCCUUUUAAUUAAGAACGUGUGCUUCAUCCCGAUCAAGUGCCUUACUAUAAAGCACUGCAAUUUAAUUUUCGAGAGACUACGCCGCAAUAUAGAUCACACGGAUAAUGGCGGUCGAGUGGGACACACCGUGGCGAUUACCAAACACAGCAACAGUAAUAACAACACCAACAAGUCUGAUGAUGGCACUCUCAUUCCGUAUGGCUCUCUUGGUGGGAAUAAGCCCAACUUGGUGAAUCGCCCCUCGGGGGGGGUUCUGAAGAAAAGAUCCAUCGUGUCUUUGAGUACCAUGGGGUGCAACAACUCGUUGGAUAUCAAAUCGGUGCAGUCGAUGAGAAACGAGGCGGACGCACCGCCGGGAGAAGCUGCCGCUUGUAGGAAGAAGAAGGUCACAACCGUCGCUGAUGCCAAGCAGGACGGUGAACAGAUCAGCGGGACUACACAUGCCCCAAUCUACCAAAACCUCUGCGAAUAUUUCGAGCACCUCGUCGAGAAUCAAGUGUCCGCCUUCCGAAAGCUAAACAUCAGGAAGAACAAAAUCGGGAAGAAAUUUACAAUGAACAAACUAAUGUACACCAACGUGUCUAACAAUGAAAGGUACCACUGCUACUUGGACGACAGUCUCAAGGUCUCCUACCUCAACCAGAUUCGUCUCAUCAUCCCUUAUAUAACCUACUGCCUGGGGAAAAUAGCAAUGUCAAUAGUAAUUUACUUCUUCUACACAAAAAUUGAUAUUCACAAUUUAAAGAUAAUCCUCACACAGUCAGAUAUGUAUUACAAAUUGUUCGAACACAACAACAUCAUUUUCACCGUAUCCUUUUUAAUAAUCCUGGGCAACUCAGUCAUAUCACUUUUGUGUUCUGUGUUUCUCUCUAGCAUAUUGGAGGUCCUCAUUUUUACUCUUUUCAUUUUUGUAAAAUGCAGUUCAGAUUUUCUCUUCCUCCUUCUCCUCGUCUAUAAUAACAUUUUUGAGAUUUUCUUGAGGAAUUUGAGCACGUCUGAAAAGUACGCUCCAUAUUUUUAUCUUCUCUUCGCAGUGAUUCCUUCCUUCAAGAUCAUUCGAAAUAUUUAUGUGUUUUUGUGUUCCUUGUCUGGCCGCCAAUUCAUUGGUUACAUCAUUCGUCCCUUCAUGAACGAGACAAACAAAAGUAAGCUACCCCCUUUUUUGAGCAUAAACGGGGGUGCCGCAGCGAUCACCGGUGUUGGCGCAGAAGCAAUCAGCGGGGGGGUCACUACUACUUUGGAUGGAAAAGUAACCAACGGAGUUGGGUCUUCUUCCUCCACUCGAGCUCUCCAGACGGAUGAAUUCAACCUGUUCAACAACCAAGAGUCAAGCCAAAAAAAUAACUUCAAGGGAGAUUAUAAGGGAUUCAUAUCGAUUGCAUCUCUUCUAAUAUACAUAAAUACAAAGCACAUGCAUGGACUAUCUUCACUUUCCAUACUAAUGUUAGGAAAUAAUUUCAUUAAGAAUCUGAGGCUAAAUUAUAAUUUAAAAAAUAACCAUCUCCUACUUAUCGUUUUAACUCUCUUAACCCGCUUCCUUUUGCUCCUCUUUAUAUGGAUGCACCACAAGUCCAAAAUUCUGACAGAUGAAUGUGUCCGUAUGUUUUAUUGCGGAGUUGCUUUUAUCUUUAUUCUAGAUUUAAUUUUUAAAACUGGCUACCUUAUUGUCUCUCACAAUAUUCGGGUGUGCGCUGCGUACAGUUUGCACCUCAAGUCCAUGUACGAGGACGUGUACUACAACUCCAGGGCAAAGGGCGACGUGCACAAUAGCUACCUUAGGGACCUCUACGGCAAGUACCAGAUGAACCACUUUUACGUGCGCACUGUGCCGCUCUUUUCGGAGCUCGUCUAG